GGGAAAUUUGCACUUUUUGUUCGCGAUACGGAUUGCUUUUUGACCGACAUCUCGACCACCCAACGCACGACAGACAGACAACCUACAGACCCGCGCACCCAGCCAUCACCACUCCAAUCAACCCGAGCACCACCAAAAUAGCCCGAGCAAAGACAAUGUCUGCUCUUUUUCGCACCUCGUCGCGCGCCGUCGCCGCCGCGCGGCCCAUGGCGAGAGCCUUCAGCUCGACGCCGGCCCGCCCCGUCGCGCACAUCAACGUCGUCGGCCGCCUCGCCGCGCAGCCCGAGCUGAGGCCGACCAGCACCGGCAAGGAGAUUGUGCGCUACACCCUCGCCAGCUCCAACCCGCCCAGCAGGGGCAGCGACGAGAGGACGACGAGCUGGUUCAACGUCACAUGCUUUGAGCAGGAGGGGCCGCGCCGCGACUACAUCCUGUCCCUGCCCAAGGGUACUCAGCUCUUUGUCUCGGGUGAGGCCGUCGUAGACAAGUACGAAGACUCCGAGGGCAAGAAACACACGGCCUUCAAGAUUCUACACCGGCAGUUUGAGGUUCUGAGGCGCGGUGCCGAGGAGCAGCACAGCGAUGAGUAGAGCGAUGGCGGGAGGCCUAGAGCGCCACCCCUUCGCUUUUGAUGCGGGUGCGCUCUGAAGCUCCACGCAUCUCACUCUCUCUCAUAUUCUCCUUGGGGCGUGUGAACGGGUGUUGAGCAAUUGAGCCUGUUGGGUGCGAGGGGGGUGUGCUGUAUAUUACUAGUGGGAGUCGGGAUUUUGGCUAGUCGACGCGUCGACGCUGGGUCGAUCACAACCGUCCAUAUUUGUACGAAACAGCGGUGUUGCAUAUGCUCUUCAUGAUACCAAGCAAUUCCACUUUGUCAACAAGACACCAGCAAGCCGGGUGUGUGAUCAAGUUGUGGUGUUCUUCCUGGGGUUGCAUCCCAAAGUUUCCAAGGCUAUCACUUGCCUAGGCAUGAACGCAAUUCCUCUCGUCAAAAGAAA